CGGCCGGGCCGCGCGGGGCGGGGCGGGGCGGGGCGGGGCGGGGCGGUCGCCGAGUGAGCCCGGGAGCCGCCGGGCCGCGGGAGACAAGAACGCCAGCCACAUGCAAGCGGGCAGCAGCCCAGCGCGGCCGAGGCGACUACGCGGAAGCGCCGGCGGCGUCUCGAGCGGCGGCGGCAGCAACACCCACUGGGGUUAGAGCAGCGGCAGCAGCAGCAGCAGCAGCAGCAGCAACAGCAGCAGGCGCCGCAGGGAGCGGCGCUCCGCGGGGGCGCCCUCCUGAAGGAAGCCGCCCGCGCCCCCAUCACCGCCCCCUCCGGCGUGUUCAUGCCCCCGGGGCCUCCGGGAGCGCCAUGGCCCGAGCACGCCAGGAGGGCAGCUCCCCCGAGCCGGUAGAGGGUCUGGCCCGCGACUGCCCGCGCCCCUUCCCGCUCCGCCGCAUGGUACCCUCAGCCGUGACCUGCGGCCUCUGCGAGCCAGGCCUGCCCGCCGGCCCCGCCGCCCCCGGCCUGCUGCCCGCCGCCUACCUCUGCGCCCCCGCCGCCCUGGGGGGCCUCCGCUGGUCUGGGGGUCCCCGCAGCCGGCCCCGAGGUCCGCGCCCCGACGGUCCUCAGCCCUCACUUUCGCCAGCCGAGCAGCCCCUGGAAUCCACGCUGCGCAGCGCCCCGGGUCCCCUGGCCGGCGGCCCCACCCAGGCAGCCCCGGGGGUCCGCGGGGAGGAGGAGCAGUGGGCGCGGGAGAUCGGGGCCCAGCUGCGGCGGAUGGCGGACGACCUCAACGCGCUGUACGAGUGGCGGAGACAAGAGGAGCAGCAGCGACACCGCCCCUCGCCCUGGAGGGUCCUGUACAAUCUCAUCAUGGGACUCCUGCCCUUACCCACGGGCCGCGGCGCCCCUGAAAUGGAGCCAAACUAGGUGCCUGCACCCGCCCAGCGGCCGUUGGGGGCUUGGGGGGCCGGACCCUCCCGCCGCCUGACGCCCCGGCCCGCGCGCGGGGGACUUUUCCUGCACCAUGUAGCAUACUGGACUACCAGCCCGGCCUGUCCCAGGGGCGGCCGGCCAAGCUGGCGUGCCCUGACGGAGACGAGGACUCCUGGGUCCCCGGCGGGAGUCGCCGCCGCCCACCACCAUCUCAGGGAAGACGCUGGUGCUGGUGCCCGUUCCAGCUGUGGGGGGCACUGCGGGGGGGGACCCCCUCUCGGUGCGCCUUCACUUCCGGCCUGGCCGCAGGCCUCUGGUGCUUCCCCCCCUCCUCAUGAGGAUGGGGGGGCCGUGAAGAGCAAAUGAGCCAAACGUGACCACUAGCCUCCUGGAGCCAGAAAAUGGGGUGCGUCUGUGGGGUGCCCAGCCCAGCACCCAGCCAUCUUCCCUGAGGCCGGCGGGUGGUGGGCAUGCCUGCCUCGCCAUCAUCUGGAGGGGUGGGGGGGGCCAAGAGGGGCCCAGACUGUGAAUCCUGUGCUCUGCCCGCGACCACCCCUCCCGGACCCCCAUCAUCCCUUUGCUUAGGUUUAGAGAGAGCACGCGUGGCCAGGGGCGUUCAUGGCGGGUGGGAUACUUUGGCAGAAGCCGCCCCAGCCUUAGUCCCCGAGGCCAAGCGCUGGGGAGGAAGAUAAGGGGAGUCAGGGAGGGGGGGA